AGCUCGCUUGGAUCAGUCCGCGAGUAUCCGUCGUCCGAGUCGGUUCCCCCGCAGUCAGUGCAGAACAAGUGCUGUCCCCGGUGGUAGCCACGGCAACGCAACGCUUGCGAAGAAGAAGGCAAUCAAGGGAGACAGUCGAGGCAACAACGGUGAAUUUGAGAAGUGAAUUACUUACCGCAGCGGCAGGUGACAGUGAAAGAAGAAGUUUAGAUGUUUCAAGUGUAAUCAAUCGAAUGGCGUAGAAACGCCCACAGGAAAAAGUUAAGAAGUUCAAUAAUUCGUACCAGUGCUGCAGUGAAUGUAGAGAAUCGAAAAUCACAUUAAAGUUUAUCUAACGCACGUUAUGGUCCGCCUUUUUAUUAGUGUUGCAAGUUGAAUAAAGCGAAUCGACCAUGCCUUUGUAUUCGGAGCUGUAUUACAACUACAUCGGCAAUACGCCGGUCAUUCCGACUCCGCUUUCAUCGUCUAUACUGCCGUCCAGUAACUACACGGCUCCCAGCUAUGUUGGCGUAUCGCGGGGCUUUCAGAGCCCCAUCAUCGUGGGCCGAACACCGUCCUUUACACGGGGCUACGUGCCCAAGCUCACCCCGAUUACUGAGACUCCGCUCACUUCAGCCAGGGUAACGGCCUUGACGCGGGUCAACUCGUCCAAAUACCAUCCUCACACUUCACCGACCUAUCAGAAGCCACGACGUGUCAUCAACACUGCAGAUAUCGACGUCUCAGCCAGUCGCUAUGUGCGAGAUCACACCCCCAAACGCUUCCUUCCAUCAUCCCCAACCUCCUCCAUCUCCUCUCCCGAGCCCAACCACUCUCACACUUCCCCUACACCAACCCCCACCCCUUCAACAACCGCGUCCAUCAGCGCCCGCGAGCAAGAGCUCAUGGAACGCGUCGAACAGCGCCGGCAGCGGUCCACCAUCAACCGUAACCGGGCCGUCGUCCGGCUGAACACAAUCCGUGCACGGAGCAAGUCUCGCGGCAGUCGAGGUAGCUCCGAGCGCAAGACCCCUCAUCACUCACCAGAACCGGAACCGUCCUUCGAAGAAGACAUGCUGCUCUACAAGGAUCCCCAACCCAAGACCACCUCCUGGAGGGAUCAAUUCCGCGAUGAACUCUCGCUACGCCCCAAGAAAUCCGAACCCAUCAAAAGCCCUGGAGAACUUCUGCUGGAAAAGCAUCUGAUCCGCGAGGGCGAAGAAAAUCCCAUUCUUCUGGAACAGAUAAUCGUCAACUCCCCGGUCAUGAUGCGUCGCGGCACAAUCCGACGCAAGAGCGCUGUCAAAAUCCCAAGCUUCCACGAAAUCUGCGAAGACAUCAACUCGGACAAACUGGACGACGAUCUGAACGCCGGUGAACUCCGCCGUCGAGCCUCCCAGAUCAUCGAAGACGAAAUCGCCCAAUUCCAACAAGAGCUCCAGGAAUCCAACGGCCUCCUUGGCGACGACCUGGAAGACCGCAUCAAAGAAGCCCUCGAGCAGCAAAUAGUCGAAUCCGUUGUCGAAGUUCCAGAGAAAAAGAAACAGAAGAAGUUCAAGCGAACACGAACCAAACCGCUCCCGAAAAUUGACGUCGAUAACAACGUAGUGUACGAUCAGGUAGAUGCCUCGGGUAACCCUCUAAAGAUCACCAUGGACUCCCCAGUCAUCGAGACUUCUGCUCCUCCAAAACUACUAGCCGAAGUGGAAUCCAUCGAAGAAUGCACAGUGUUCAAGCUGCCUAAGAAAAAGAAGCACCCCGAAGACCUGGAGGUCUCCCCUCCUCCAAAGACCACCAAAAAGGUUACCGCCAAAACGAUCGAGUUGGAAACCGAUUCCCCCGCUCAGAAGAUCGAAGUCCUCAUCAUAGAUCUACCGGAGGCGAAGGUUGCAUCGCUGGAAGAACCGACAUGUAAACUCGAACAACCGAAGCCUUUGGCGGAGAAGAAACCGGAACCGCCGGAGAAAAAGGUACUCAGCAGUUUGGCCGAGCGGAAGAAGAUGCUGGAGCUACAGAAGAGAAUGGACCAGCUAGCGAAGCUUACCGAACGGAAGCUCCCCACUGAGACGAUUCCGUCGGUCGCUACCAUCGCGAAGAUGGACGAUACGAAGACUGAGACCAAGCAGGAGCCUGCUGCGGCGAAGAGCCAACCUAAGGAGGAGAUGAAACCAAUGGAAAAGACUGAGCCGAAGAAGACGUUGGACGCAAAGAAAGGCGAGAAAGACAUAGAAGUAGGUAAGAACGAGAUUCCGGAUUUGAAUCAGAAAGCGAUCUCCAUUAGCUCCAAGCAAGCACCAGAUUCUCCGAAGCUUCCAUUGAAAAAGUUAACCCAAGAGACGCGCGAACUCAGUCCGGUUCCGAAGCUUGCGGUGAAGAAGAAGGAUUCCAAUUUGGAAGCGACAAAUGGUGUAAAAAUCCUGAAACCUUCUGAAAAGAUCACUGAAGAUACGACCAAACCUCAGCUGGAAGCUUCUAAGAAAGCUUCAGCUGAGAGUGUAUCGAACGUCAUCGAUUCCCCGAAAGAUGCGUCGUCACCAAAGCUUCCCCUGAAGAAACUGACCCAAGAAAAGCGCGAGCAAAGUCCGGUUCCGAAAAAGAAAAUGGACGUCGGUAAAGUAGAAUCUACGGUUGAGAUCAACAAAAUACACGUCGGUAAAGUGGAUUCCGCGAAUGAGAUCAAGAAAAUUGACGCUGGUAAAGUGGAUUCUACGAAUAAGGUCAAGGGCGUAAAAACGGUUGAUAAGAUUAAUCUUGAUUCACCCAAACCGAAACAGGAAGAAGCGCAGAAGUUGGCGUCAGUGCAAGAUAAAGACGUUUCAUUACCAAAACCGUUUGUUGAUUCUAUCGCACAACCGCUGAAGAAGCCAGCUCAAGUAUCAUCAGACAUCGGUAAGACUUCAAAUACGGAAACGAAGCCUAAAAAGACCAGCAAAACAGUGCCUGACAUCGACGCAAAACAGAAGACCAUUGAAUCAACGAAAUCAACACAAGCAGACGCCAAUCUUCCUUCCGAUCCAGCCAAAGACCCUCCAAAACCCAAACAACUCCAAGACUCACCGAAGCUUCCGCUCAAGAAACCAAUUACCGAAACGCCUGAAGUCAGUCCGACCCCCAAACCAUCCGACGUAUUCAAAGUCCCGGAAGUCUGUCCAGCAUCCCCCCUCAAGAAGCCCAUCCCGAAGCAACUGCCCCCGGUUCCAGACCUCCCGAGUGACCUCACGCCACCACCAACACCUACCAAGCCACUCAAGAAGACGCCAGCCAUUGCUCAAGACCCGCCCCGGCCAGAAUCCCCCAAACCAAAGCUUCCCCAAGCCAAAGCCUCACACUCGGCUGCCGAAGCUGUACCGAAGUCCUCUGCUCCGGAACAGCUUCCCAAGGUGGCGGCGGCACCCCCAGUCGAAACCCCCAAACCGAAACCCCUCCUCAAACCAAUCGCCGUGCGCAAGAAGACCGCCACUCUGAAUCUCCCGCUCUCGCCAGAACAACAGGAAGAGGACUUCUGGAGCAACAUUGGAACACGGGAAACGAUUUCGUUCGCACGCCGCAAGCAGAACAUCGAGCGGCGCAACCAGAUGGUGCUGCUGAAGUUUGGCGAGCAGCCGGAAGAGGAGGAGGAGGAAGAGGACGAAGAGGAAGGCGAACGGCAGCCCGUGAAGACGACCUCGGCGAAUGUGAGCACCAAGGUAAUGACGUCACCGCCUGCGGCAGCUACGGAGAUGCCACAAUGGCCGAAGCCGACCGAAGAAGCGGUUGGUGUUGCGCGGAAGGCUUUCGAGGUGACACCGGUGAAGAUGGCAAACGGGAAGCUGGUUGGGACCGGGAAGGUUCCGGAGCAAGAGGAGAAGAAGGCGGCUGCCAAGGGUGAGGAUAAGCAGGGAGGGUUGGUGGAAUCGAAGGAAGCUGUGGAGGGAAAAUCUAAUGGGCCGCUGAAGGCUCCAAACCAAGUAGAUGAACCUAAAACAGGCUUGUUGGGUGUUAAGAAACCGCUUUUGAUGGAGGUUAAGGAACCACAGGACGAUAAGGCUCAAUCAAAGAACAAGGUUGAAGAACCGCCUAAGGUUGGUUUGCUCGGUCUCAAGAAAACCAUGCCAAUGGAGCCUAAAGCAACAAAGGAUCCGAUGAAGGCAACGGAAGAGCUCUUGAAGACCGGUUUAGCCAGUCUCAAAAAGACGUUAGAGGUUGCAUCAACGGAUGCUCCGAAAGAACCGUUGCAAACUAAGGAAUCGAAAGAAGAGCCAAAAGCAGGAUUCCUCGGGCUCAAGAAGAUUCAAGAAGCGAAAGAAUGUACACAGGAAAAAUCGAACACAAAACAAAACGUCGAAGAACCUACGGAAGCGAUAAUUGGUCUUAAAAAGACCGCAGCCACUGAAGCAAAGGAAACAGCUAGCGAGCAACAGGUUGAGCCAAAACUUAAUCCUUCAGAUCAAAUUAAGGCUCCAGCAGUGGAUUCCAAUAAAACGUCAAAGGUGACCGAUAGUCCAAAGGAAUCACCAAAGAAAGGGUUCCUCGGUCUCAAGAAAAAGACGCCAGAGGCGGAAAAGCCGGUGGACAGCCCGAAGAAGCUCUUGUCUCCAUCUCCACCGAAUUCUCCCAAAAAGCUAAUCAGCCAGAAACUCUCACCCAAAGAACUUGUCAAAUCCGUAGCACCAACGAUCGCUGCCGAGGCAGAGAAGAAACUGGCCCAGGUGCAGAAAACAUCCAAAGACUCUUCGCCAACCGAAGCGCAAACGGCACCCAAAGAAGCCGUCGUCAAGCCGGAAGUCACCCCGAAGGGGCAACAACCCGAGCCGCAGGCGGCCAUUGAACCUAAACCAACCGACGAUGGUACCGCAACCGAACCGAAAAAGACAAAGAUCGUGAAAAAAGUGAUUAAGGUGGUGAAACCAAAAGCCCCAGCGCAACCGGAUGCAGCCAAGGUCGAAGCCGAACAACGUCGUCUAGCGCAGGAAAAUGCCGAGAAGAUUAAAGUCAAAGUGAAUCAGAUUACGCUCAACAUGGGAGCGAAGCUCGACGUGGAAGUGAAGGAUUGUGCCAAGUGCCUGCAGGCGACGCUGAUCGAAACUAGCGAAAAGCUUCCUUCAACAAACAAACCGUCGAAGACGACGCCAUCAGCAACCGAAGCGGAUCCCAAAUCGGAUCAGCUGAAGCUGACGAAAAAUAAAUUCGGCGCAGUAUCUAAUUUAAGUAGUCUAUCAACGGUGACUCCUAAGAGUGAUCAAUCAGUUACCAAGCAGGUAUCGGCGGGCGCGGAUCAGCAAUCGAAGCAAUCGCCAGUGAAGAAUCGGUGCUCUUCCAGCAGCAGUAGCGAAGAAGAGGAAGGAACCGCGUCGGAAACUUCGUUUUCAGGUAUCGAGGACGACUGGUCAUCGGAGGAAGAGGAAAUGGCCAACGACAAAACGGAGAAGAAGAAGUUCGACCCGCAGAAGCGCGUCAAGCUGAGCUUCGAGCAGAUGCGCAAAUGUUACUCCAAGGAGGAGAAAUGUCCGAUCGUGUUGGUGGCACGUCCGAGGCCUCUGUGGAAGGUGAAGCGGCACGGACACAGGCACAACCGCCAUGCGGAUUUGACCAGCAGCAGCAGUGGCAGCGAGGACGAGUCCGGCUCUGCCACGGAUCAGACCUCGUCGGAGACUGCGUCCACCGUGGACGCCUCGUCCGAUCUGAACACCGACAGCAGCAUCAACAGCAGCCGUGGACCCAACAACAAGAAGAAGCAAGUGAAAUCCGGUAGCAAAACCAGUGAUGUCGGUAGUGAUAUUUACGAUAAUCCGAUGGUGAUCCCGUUGCAUUCGGAGCCCAAGGGCACCGCCUCCGUGCAGCGGGAUGAAAAUAACAACGACAGUGGCCAGCUUCCCAACGAGGAAGACGGCGAAAAUGACAAAAACGCCGGAAAUCACGAGAUUCGCAGUACCAGCACCAGCAGCCACGAUUCGGGCUUCUACGGCGGAGGAACGGCACCGAUCAGCCCCAAGAAGGCCAUGGAAACAUCCUACACGUAUGCACAAUUUCAGAAGACGGGUAAACUCACGGCUCCGGCAACGGUGAUACCCCGUUUUAGGAAAUACAACGUUGACGAUUUCCAUUUUUUGACUGUGUUAGGAAAGGGUAGUUUUGGAAAGGUAUUUUUAGCUGAGCUAAGGAACACAGAGUACUAUUACGCGGUGAAGUGCCUGAAGAAGGACGUCGUCCUGGAGGAUGACGACGUGGACUGCACGCUGAUCGAGCGGAAGGUGCUGGCCCUCGGCACGAAGCAUCCCUUCCUGUGCCACCUGUUUUGCACGUUUCAAACAGAUAGCCAUUUAUUCUUUGUCAUGGAGUACCUGAACGGGGGUGAUUUGAUGUUCCACAUACAGCAGAGCGGACGGUUCCAGGAAGCGCGGGCAAAGUUCUACGCCGCCGAAAUCGUGUCCGGACUGAAGUUCCUGCACAGGAAGGGUAUUGUUUAUCGGGAUCUGAAGCUGGACAACGUGCUGCUGGACUACGACGGCCACGUGCGGAUAGCGGACUUUGGCAUGUGCAAGCUGGAGAUCUACCUGGACCGGUUGGCGGACAGUUUCUGCGGCACACCGGAUUACAUGGCGCCUGAAAUCAUCAAAGGUCAGAAAUACAACCAAGCCGUCGAUUGGUGGUCGUUCGGUGUGCUGGUGUACGAGAUGCUCGUCGGCCAGUCACCCUUCAGUGGUUGUGACGAGGACGAGCUGUUCUGGUCCAUAUGCAACGAGAUUCCAUGGUUCCCGCACUUCCUGUCGAAGGACGCCCUCAAGCUGCUGCAAUCGCUGCUGGAGAAGGACGCCACGAUACGGUUAGGCUGCUUCAACACGAUGGACGAAGACAGCGACAUAAAGUACCAUCCGUUCUUCGAAAGCAUUGACUGGCAGAAGCUGGAGAGACGAGGCCUGGAGCCGCCGUUCAAGCCACAAGUGCGACAUCCUCUGGACACGCAGUAUUUCGACAAGCAGUUCACACGGGAGCGGGCGCGCCUCACGCCGAUCGACCGCAACAUUCUGGCCUCAAUGAACCAGGGACAGUUCGAGGGCUUCACCUACACCAACCCGAACAACACUUUAACGAAAUUGCGGAAAAAGAAAGCGAAGAAAGAGAAGAAACUAUAUUUUUGUCCUCAAUGUGGUGAUAUUAAAGUAACGUAUAAUGUAUUUUAGUGCGACAAAGGUGGAAAAGGUGAGAGAGGUGUUUCCCCGAACGAUUCCCCACACCACCUUUCGAUUUAGCAGUUAGAGUUGUACUGUUUUGUUCUUUUGUGAUGUGCAAAGCGAAGUCGUUUAUUUUUUAUUUUGAUUUACAAGUUGUGUAUAAACCUAGAUAAAAAAUGUCAAUUUAAGAACGCUUUUUUUGAAAAAUAAAACUUAUUUUUACUGUCGCUUGCUAUUUCUUUGAAUAGAAUGACUUAAACUGACGGUAGUGUUACGAUGUACAGUACUCAACGAUGGACAUCGAAGUAAUCGUUGACUUUUUGACACCACGUGUUUGACAACACUUGAUAUAAUUACGGGGCUAACUUUUUAUGGAAUCCAACUACAAAAAUCGCUCAUUUUCCCCAUUCGGAAAACUUUUUGACUAACGUGACCAUCCAACCAUUUGAGUGACUGACGCAUGACUGUGAACCUGUGACCUGUCAAUGUCUGUAAACCGUCCAGUUGACACUGAACAAGCGUAAACCUAAUGCAAUUUUCUAUCCACCACACGAUCCUGACAUCCAACUCAGGACCCCAGAAGUUACGUACCACCCGAUACGACAAGCGGUAAUGGCGGCCAGUCGAGCCGUCUACCACGGUUUCCGCCGACCAUAUUACUACUGACAGAACCGAAAGUGACACCCCUACCGGCGUGUUGCGAAAACACUCACACAGCGACAGCAAGAGACACACAAGCACCUGCUUUGAUUUUUGUUUUUGAUUUUGAUCACAUUUUCUCUUCGAAAAAUAAAAGAAAAUGGCGACGGUGCCGGUAUUUUUGACGUAUAUCGCGAGUUUUUUUCCUUCUUGACGAAAAACAAAACAAAACGAGCUAGUGCCGACCCUUUACGUAAAUACCCGAUGAAAGAAAUCGACGAUUUCCACUGUUGGAAGGACGCACCCUAAUGAUGUAUAUCUUCCUCGCUGUAUACCAAAACAAAAUAGAAUAAUAAGCAAAACAUACAAACGACUCUCUCUCCUUUGUAGGUUUAGGUUGAAUUAUUUAUU